CCCCCCACGUUUCCCUUCCCGUCAUGAUCCCAACCUCGAUAUCUACAUCACCUCAUGUCUCAUCGACAUUCACUCUCUAUCAACACAAAGGCUAGGUAGCCUAUACGCUCCAGCGCCGUCAUGCAACCCGCAUCAACGUCAGCGCGCAUCUCUGACCUCCCGCCCGAGCUUCUUCACCAAAUCCUCACAUACCUCCCCAUCAGUAGCCUUCUCACCUUCGCCCGGACAUCAAAACAACACUACUCCGGCUCGAUCUCAGCUUUACAAGAUCUUCAACUCGCCGUUCUCCCCAAACGAGUUCACGGCAUCCUAGCAUUCCUCAACGCCUCGAACUUCGACGACCUAGACCACAACUACGCCUUCUGGGGCCAUGACUCCCUCUCCCGCAAUCAAAUCAUAAUACCAUCAACUCUGCCCGCGCACCUCAACAGGCCACGGCGCUCGAGGAGCAAGAAGCCGCCUGAUGCACCACCUUUGACGCCUGUCCAGUACCGCGAGGAACUCUUCCAACUCCAAAACGCGCUAUCUUGUUCCAUCCUCUCAACACCCAGCCUCGUCAAUCUGCAAUCGCUAACCCUGCACAUCUACAACAUCGUCUCCCCUUCUCUGAGCGACAUAAUUGCAACGCGCUUUCCCAAACUCCGCCAUCUCCAUUUGAACUUCAACCACCCUUAUUUGCACGACUCAUGCUUGCCAGCGCAGUACUGGUCGUCACCUCUCUUCCUGAAAGGCAGUCCCCUGUGGAACAGCCUGGCAGGUCUCGGCCGCGAGAACGAAUCGAACUUGCGAUUGACCAGUCUCGAAAGUCUGACCGUCGAACGCGCCGGAAUCACCAGUGUCCAACUCCAGAGAUGGAUUGCAAGGAACCCGGCGCUGAAGGACCUGACGCUGCGGAAUGUCAUGGGCGUUGACGACGAGUUUGUGCAAUGGUUAGGGCAGUACCAUUGGGCGCGUAGAUCGCACGAUGCAAACAGCAGCGGUAGUACUCCCGCGAAAUUGAGGCACCUUGCGCUCGAGUCCUGUGCGAAUCUAUCACUGAAGUCCGUCGAAGACUUCAGAUGGCUUGAUGCACUCACUCUUACCGAGAGCACUCCGUAUCAUGACGAAGGUCUGCCAGAUCUAGAGGGAAGCUCGGGCACAUCGUUACAAGCGCUCUCAUUCCACGGCUCCCCACUCUCUACGUCUGCGCUGCUCGCAUACCUCGAGAAGACGCGGGCCCCACUCCGACAGAUCACGUUACCUUCAGGACGUCUUCUCGUUGCGCGGACGCCGGAACCAGCGAUAUCGGCGACAGUAACAGGGCACGACGAGCACAAUGUGGCACCGUUUCCUGCAUUGGAACGUCGUAUCGGCGCAGUGCGCACCGGGUCGACACACAGCUUAAGCGACGUUGACGCUGGGAACGAUGGAGACGAUCCUUCUGUGCCGUCAUAUUUUCGUAGUGUGGCGGUACGGUCAUUAAGGGAGUAUGAUGCUAAGAAUGGGUGUAUGGGGAUUAUUGAGCCGGAUACACGGUAGCCCUUUGUUCGUGAGCGAGUGUUACACAGGAUUUGUGUUUGUUUCGGUCACGAACUCAUAGUAGACUUGGGGUGGUGAACUAGCAAGAGGAGUACAAAGCAUAGAGUGUAUGGGCAACCAAACCGACACGGCAGUCGAGGGUGUGUAGAACAGUGCUGGCAUCUCAGACCUAGUUUC